GAAAGUGAAAGUGUAAAAUCGCUUAUUCACUCCGAGCUCGACAGACUUCCGCUCGUUACAGAGUCGCAGGAUCGCGUUCUAAUCUGCUGAAGUCGGUGUGAAGUGUGUUCAGAAUCAUGUCUCGAGGCUCAAACGCGGGGUUUGACCGACACAUCACGAUCUUCUCUCCCGAGGGCCGCCUGUAUCAAGUCGAAUAUGCCUUCAAAGCCAUCAGUCAGAGCGGGCUGACCACGGUGGGCAUCAGAGGGACGGACUGCGCCGUGCUGCUCACACAGAAGAAAGUGUCGGACUCGCUCCUGGAUGCAUCUACAAUGACAAACAUGUUUCGUCUCACUCCGCGGAUCGGAUGUGUCAUGACCGGACAUUACGCUGACAGCCGCUCUCAGGUUCAUCGGGCUCGCAUCGAGGCGGCCGAGUGGAAGUAUAAGUUCGGUUAUGACAUCACGGCGGACAUGCUGUGCCGGCGCAUGGCGGACAUCUCUCAGGUGUACACACAGAACGCAGAGAUGAGGCCGCUGGGCUGCAGUAUGAUGCUGAUCGCCAUGGACCCUCAGACGGGCCCCGUGCUGUACAAAUGUGACCCGGCCGGGUACUUCUGCGGCUUCAGGGCCACCAGCGUUGGGGUCAAACACCACGAGGCCAGCAGCUACCUGGAGAAGAAGCUGAAGAAGCAGCCGGAUCUGCCCUACGACCGCACUGUGGAGAUGGCGAUCUCGUGUUUGUCUACUGUGCUGUCAAUGGACUUCAAAAGCACUGAGCUGGAAGUGUCUGUGGUGACCAAAGAAAACCCCAAAUUCAGGACUCUGUCAGAAGCAGAGAUCGAGCGUCAUCUGGUGGCGAUCGCGGAGAGGGAGUAACUGUCAGGUUUACCGUGUUUUUACCGUUUGCCGUCAGUCCAACGCUCAUGUUUGACUGUGUUUGGUGUGUGUUUCUACUGAAUGUCAAUCCUCCGUCGAGCAGCAGACAGUCACUAAUUAUCAAUAAAAGCAUCUUGUCAGUCUGAA